CGAUUACCUAAUUAACCAGUUCCAUAUUCUAUUACAAUAUCACUUCCCUUACCUUAAAAACCAAGCCUCUUCUUCUUCAUCUUAUUGCCUUCCCUGUUAGUUAUCCCGCAAAACACGGCUUUAUAAUUUUUUUUGUUCUCUCUCUCUCUCUAGAAUUUUCAUUCUCUCUCUAAAUCAUUUUAAAAUUCCUUUUUUAGCCUUUAAAUCAAUCAAUCAGUUCAAAUAAAACCAAUCUUUUUUGUAAUAAAGAGAUUCGUAGCUGAGAUUUAUUUAUGUUCCAGUCCUCGAAUUCUCCUUUAAUUUUAUAUUUGGCUUUGUUUUUCAAUUCCUGAGGUUUUGGAAAUGCGAAAAAGGGUGAUUUAAUUGGAGUAAUUUGAAUUGAUUUUUGGGGUUUGAAUUGGUAUAAGUUUAGCCAUAUACAAGUGAUUGUGUGUGGCUUAAAGGUUGGAUAUUAUGGCUUCACAUUUAGGAAUACUGAUGUCGAAAUUGAAUAUGGUAUCAACAUCAGAUCAUGCCUCAGUGGUGUCUAUGAACUUGUUUGUUACUUUGCUUUGUGCUUGUAUUGUGAUUGGUCAUCUUCUUGAGGAGAAUCGAUGGAUGAAUGAGUCCAUUACAGCUCUUUUGAUUGGUGUAUGUACUGGGGUCGUUAUUCUGCUUAUUAGUGGUGGAAAAAGCUCUCAUCUUUUAGUCUUCAGCGAGGAUCUUUUCUUUAUAUAUCUUCUGCCACCCAUUAUUUUUAAUGCUGGGUUUCAGGUGAAAAAGAAGCAGUUUUUUCGUAAUUUCAUCACUAUCAUACUAUUUGGUGCCAUCGGCACAUUAAUCUCCUGCUCUAUCAUAUCUGUAGGUGCUAUACAAUUCUUCAAGCAUUUUGAUCUUUUAAAGCUUGAACUAGGGGAUUAUCUAGCAAUCGGUACCAUAUUUGCUGCAACAGAUUCCGUAUGCACUUUGCAGGUGCUUAAUCAAGAUGAGACACCCUUACUAUACAGUUUGGUAUUUGGGGAGGGUGUUGUAAAUGAUGCCACAUCAGUAGUGCUUUUCAAUGCAAUCCAGAGCAUCGAUCUUACUCAUUUAAAUACUGGAAGUGCAUGGCAGUUUAUUUGCAAUUUCUUCUAUUUAUUUCUCACAAGCACUUUGCUGGGAGUUUUUACUGGGCUACUGAGUGCUUACAUUAUCAAAAAGCUAUAUAUCGGCAGGCACUCUACAGAUCGUGAGUUUGCGCUCAUGAUGCUCAUGGCGUACCUUUCAUAUAUGUUGGCUGAACUGUUAGAUUUGAGUGGCAUUCUCACUGUAUUUUUCUGUGGGAUUGUGAUGUCCCAUUACACGUGGCACAAUGUAACCGAGAGUUCAAGAGUCACUAGCAAGCACACUUUUGCCACUAUGUCUUUUGUUGCUGAGAUUUUUAUCUUCCUUUACGUCGGAAUGGAUGCCAUGGACAUUGAGAAGUGGAGAUUUGUAAGCGACAGCCCUGGCACAUCGGUUGCAGUGAGUUCAACAUUAAUGGCGCUCGUGAUGGUUGGAAGAGCAGCUUUUGUUUUUCCUUUAUCCUUCAUAUCCAACUUGACCAAGAAAUCACCCGUUGAUAGGAUUGGCUUGAAGCAACAGGUUGUGAUAUGGUGGGCCGGUCUAAUGAGAGGUGCAGUGUCAAUUGCCCUUGCAUAUAAUAAGUUUACAAGCUUGGGACAUACAAAUUUAAGAGAGAAUGCAAUAAUGAUUACCAGUACCAUAACUGUUGUUCUCUUCAGCACUGUGGUGUUCGGUUUGAUGACUAAACCUCUUAUAAGAUUUUUGCUGCCACAACCAAAACACCCAUUAAGAAGCCUGUCUAUAUCAUCAGAUCAAAGUACACCAAAAUCAUUUAUGGUGCCACUUCUUGGCGAAAAUCAGGACUCUUUAGACGAUCUUGGUGUCAACGGUAUGCAUCGUCCAAACAGCAUACGCGCAUUUCUGACAACUCCAACUCAUACUGUCCAUCACUACUGGCGUAAGUUUGAUGAUGCAUUUAUGCGGCCUAUGUUUGGUGGCCGAGGGUUUGUUCCAAUUGUUCCUGGCUCUCCGACAGAGCGGAGUGUCCCCCCCGAGCAAUGGCAAUGAGAAGAAAGGCGGGAAAUGUGUAAAAUAUGUAAAGUUAUAAGGAACGCAAAGACGAUAAAGGUUCAUUCGGCUUUGAACCUGCUACUGAAAAUUUUGCCAAGAUUUACAUGAUUGUUAGUUUUGCAGUGUAGUAUACGGUGUCUAUCGCUUCAUUUAUGGUUGGUUUUUACUGUAUUAUUCUCAUCAAAUCACAGCUCUCUUUCCCUGUAAUUUAUGAUGAAUUUAUCAAAUAUUCCUUGCAUUCUGCUGUACAAAGAUGAUAAGUUGGUUUUUGAGUGGAUUGAAUGUUAUUUUC